UAGUAAAGGAUCCGGAGAUGGCCAGAAUAUCGCGGACUCAAUGCGAUACCGAUGCGAUCGCUUUGACGUUUGACAGUUCCUAUAAAGGCGGGUGAAGAGAACUGUGCUUCUAGCUGAUACCUUACCUACCGGCACUCUCCGUGACUCACCGCAGUCAAGUCAAGUCGGGUCGGACAUUCGGUUCAGUCCACGACGGACUACGAAGCCGUCGACAUCGGGCGCGUGUCCGUGUGUCAUCGUGCUCGCCGCGCAGCUAGAGUGAUACGGCAGUGAUCAUCAUUCUCGUGUGUGCGUCACGUGCGUUACGUGUGUCGACGACAUGAUUCGAGGAGGCUGAAGCACAGUUAAGAGAUUCACUUGACGCAACGAGCGGACCUUCAAUUUCGCGACGACAUGGUGUAUCACUGGCAGAGUCAAAAUGUCAAAAUUUCCGGGGUGGACGACAUGGUCCUCUUGCCCAAAAUCAACGAGGAUGCCAUCAUCGAGAAUCUCAAGAAGAGAUACAUGGACGAUUACAUAUUCACAUGCAUUGGACCCGUAUUGGUGUCGGUCAAUCCGUUCAAGCAGAUGCCGUACUUCGGAGAGAAGGAGAUCGAGAUAUAUCAAGGCGCGGCGCCGUACGAAAAUCCACCGCACAUCUAUGGAUUGGCCGACGAAAUGUAUAGGAACAUGCUGAUUGACAACGAAAGUCAAUGCGUCAUUAUAAGCGGUGAAUCUGGCGCUGGAAAAACGGUUGCCGCAAAAUACAUAAUGUCCUAUGUGGCAAGGGUGAGCGGUGGCGGCAGAAAGGUACAGAGGGUGAAGGACGUGAUCCUGGAAUCAAACCCGCUCUUGGAAGCCUUCGGCAACGCGAAGACCAUGAGAAAUAAUAACAGUAGUAGAUUCGGAAAAUACGUUGAGAUGCAGUUCGGUGCGGGCGGUCAGCCGAACGGUGGCAAGAUCUCGAAUUUUCUUUUGGAAAAGUCGAGGGUGACUUGUCACAAUCCCGGCGAGCGAAAUUUCCACAUAUUUUAUCAGCUGGCGACGGGCGCCAAUCAGGAAAUGAAAACGGAAUUUGGAUUAACGGAUCUCGAUUAUUAUCAAUAUCUGAAUUACGGUGGCAAUCAUAGGGUGGAUGGCACGAACGAUGCGCGGGAUUUUCAGGAAACUCUUAAAGCGUUGAGCGUUAUGGAUAUAAAGAACGCAGAAGUGAUGGAUAUAUUCAGAUUGGUAGCUGGGAUACUUCAUGUGGGAAAUAUACAGUUUGCUGAGAACGGCAAUUAUUCGCAGAUAGCCGAUAAGCAAUUUCUCGAGUUUCCAGCCUUUCUCUUUGGAAUUUCGGCGGAGCAGCUAUCGCACAAGCUGACUUCUCGAGAAUUCGAGUCGAAAUGGGGGAGUCAAUCUGAGAGCGUGGAUGUGACGCUGAAUGUGGAACAGGCGCUUUACACGAGGGAUGCCUUAGCAAAGGAUAUCUACGCCAGGCUUUUCGACUAUCUGGUUAAGAAAGUCAAUUUCGCUAUGGAGACAAAUACGGACGGAUACGAGAUCGGAAUUUUAGACAUAUACGGCUUCGAGAUCUUUGAGAAGAAUGGCUUCGAGCAGUUCUGCAUCAAUUUCGUGAAUGAAAAAUUACAGCAGAUCUUCAUCGAGCUCACGUUAAAGGCAGAGCAGGAAGAAUACGUUUCCGAGAAUAUUAAAUGGACGCCGAUAGAGUACUUCAAUAACGCCGUCGUGGUAGAACUUCUCGAAGGUAAAAGGCCACCUGGUCUCUUUCUAGUACUAGAUGACGUUUGCGCGACGUUACACGGCGGUAGCACAGGCGCCGACAUCGACUUGAAGAAGAAACUGGCAGGAGCGGCCAAACAGCACGGCCACUUUCAAGACAUCAGCGAUGGUUUUGCAAUCUUGCAUUAUGCUGGCGCGGUGUCCUACUCUGUCGACGGAUUUUGCGAUAAGAACCGAGACGUCCUCUUCUUGGAUCUCAUCGAAUUGAUGCAGACCAGCACCAAUUCCUUGGUGCGUGAACUUUAUCCACGGGACGCCGGUAAAACGAAAACUCUCAAGUCCAGACCAACCACCGCGGGCAGCAAAAUCAGAAAUCAAGCCAGUCGCUUGGUAGGUCAACUGAUGAAAUGCACGCCACAUUAUAUUCGAUGCAUCAAGCCGAAUGAAACGAAAAAGCCGCGCGAUUGGGAUCAUCUGAGAAUCAAGCAUCAGGUGGAAUAUUUAGGUCUGAAGGAAAAUAUUCGAGUACGCAGGGCUGGCUUCGCCUAUAGACGAACGUUCGCCAAGUUUCUACACAGAUAUGCGAUUCUCACGAAAGAAACCUGGCCUCGUUGGCCCGGUGAAGAGAAACAGGGCGUAGAAUGGAUAUUGGGGAGUGUUCAUAUCGACAGGUCGCAAUAUCAGCUCGGCAGAUCGAAGCUUUUCAUCAAGGCGCCCGAAACCCUCUUCAUGCUGGAGGAAGCUCGUGACCGGAAGUACAACAUGUAUGCGCGAGUCAUACAGAAAGCCUUCAAAAAAUACUUUGCCCGGAAGAGACAGCAACAACAGAAACAGGAAGCGGCCAAUCUACUCUUCGGUCAUAAGGAGCGGAGACGGGCGAGUCUGAAUAGAAAUUUCGUGGGUGAUUACAUAGGGCUGGAGGGCAAGUCGCAGACAAUGAGUCUGCUCGGAAGACGGGAAAAAGUGAUCUUUGCCGAGGUCGUGAAGAAAUACGACAGAAGAUUCAAGAUGUGCAGACGAGAUCUCAUCCUCACCGGGAAGUAUCUUUAUUUAAUCGGCCGAGAGCAGAUAAAAAAAGGUCCCGAAAAGGGUAAAUCUGUGCAAGUUAUUAAAAGAAAGCUUGCAUUUAAUCAGAUCAGUCACGUGUCACUAAGCACGCUGCAAGACAAUUUCAUAAUUAUUCAUACGAGGGAGGAUUACGCCAGCUUAUUAGAAUCGGUAUUUAAGACGGAAUUCCUAUCUGUCCUCAGCAAAAAAUAUCUCGAGGACAUGGGUCAUCCUUUGAAUGUUAAAUUUAGCAACGACUUGGAAUUUAAAGUGAAGAAGGAAGGUUGGAGUGGCGGUGGAACGAGGCACGUAAAAUUCACGCAAACCGAUUACGGCGAUAAGGAGAUUUUAAAAGCGUCCGGCAAAAUUCUCAACGUCAGUAUCGGUCCUGGAUUACCAAACACAACAAAGCCUAAUCCGGAUCGAUCGACGUUGUUUGCUCGUUCGCACAAUGAUAACAUUUCGAGAUCGAUUCGUUCAGCACCGAAGCUGCGCGAUUUAACUUCAAUCGCAGUUGGAAAUCAUCAGGCGAUCACGACAGAUAGACCCCCUCUUUAUCCGGUAGCAGCCGUGAGAUCUACGACUUCUAUACAAGCGACUUUAAACGGUAGACCAAACAUUCCACCCAAUCGUCCGAACAUUCAACCUAUACAUCUUCAAAGGGAUAUGAGAAACUAUCCCAACAAGCUACAGAACAAGCAGAGUGCUGUGAUGGGCAUGUUUAUCAAUCCCAAUACUGGACCACGUGGUUUGCUCAAAUUUCCUCCACCACCCACGGAACCACCGCCACCGCACGAACCUACAAGAUUCAAAUUACCUCCCCUCAACGGUGAAUAUAACGCUUCCGGUCAUCACAAUAAAGGAAUGCAAACAUCCCAAGAAUGGAACAUCAAGCAAACUAACGACACGCUGGACCGCGUGAGAAGAAAGGAGGAUAAUAUCGCGUACGCGGUAGCUAAUAGAAAGAUGCCUCCCCAGAAACCUGCACCACCGAGCUUGCCAAAAGUCAAAGCCUUAUACGAUUACGAGCCGCAAGAUCUCGACGAGCUAGGCCUCAGGGAAGGCGACAUCGUAGAAGUACUCAAAGAACAUGAGGGCGGUUGGUGGCAUGGAAGAUUGAAAGGGAAGACCGGUCUCUUUCCUUCAAAUUAUGUUGAAAAAAUAUGAACUACGUAGCCAAUUUUUUACAUAGUUAUCGAAAAAUUAUAUUGAAUUAAAAUAAGGGAAAACAAUAAGUAUACCCUCUCCUCUGUUGUUUGCAAUUUCCAUGAUAUACUUAUUGUGUGAAACUUUAGUUAAAUAUUAACGAGGAAGAUCAUCAAUGCCAAAGUCGUCAAAGAAUUUUUAAUUGAAAGUGAGCGCAAUAAUUUUGCGAAUAUAUUGUUUGUUAUUUAAUUAAGAUUGUUACGCGAUAAGUUUAAUGAUAGAGAUUGCGGAGCGAUAGUACAAUAUUAUUGUUCUCGAACAUAAUUUUUUUUUAAGAAAACUCAUUUCAUUAUAUAAUCCGAUGAGUUUAUAAUCUUCAAUAAAUUUUAUCUGCGGUAAAGCAUCUCGUUAUGAAAUUUCAAAGAAACGUAAUAAGUCGAUAAGAUAUACAUCGUUGUUAUCAUUAUAGUUAGUGUAGUGUAGUAGAUUUGUAACUUUUCGUGUACAGAUCGCAAUCGAUAUUUAAAUAGUCAAUCAAAUACGUCACGAUUAUCAAAUCCGGAAGUGACAAAUAGUCAUUCAUAUCGCAUUAACAAGUAAUGAUGUGUGUACAUAACGUCACUGCCAUCGCAAAAUAUCCGUUAAUAAAAUUGCAUCUUAAUUAUUUA